UGCAGUGCAAAGUUUUGUUCUUUAAAAAAAAAAAAUAAAUAAAUAAUUGCUUAAAAAUGAAACUGCACAUUAUUUUACUUAUCUCUUUUGUAGCUUUGUUCAGCGUUUGUCAGGCACAGUUUGGAAGAAUCAUGGGAAGAGGUAACGGAAUGGGAGGAGGAUACGGUGGAAAUAGAGGAUAUGGUGGUGGACGAGGAGGCUACGACGGUGGCCCAGACAUGAAUGGGUACGGAGGAAUGGGAGGAUAUGGACAGAUAGGUCGUGGAGGCAUCGGCUUUGGAAGAUAAACGCCGUAGCACGAAUUUUCGGAAGGCUACUUCAGCAACUUACUCCUGUCUUUAUGUAUUUUUAUUGUUGGAAUAUUGAAAUUAUAAUUGACAAAAAAUGCAUAUUUUCUCUCAUUAAAUUACUCCUUAUUUAAAACUA